AUGGAGCCGAGCGGGAGCGGCCUGCCGGCGGACUGGGAAGAGCAGUGGAGGAGGGAGAAGGAAAGAAGGAAGCAAGUCCUGGCAGAAGGAAAGGAGGCAGUUGAGAGGGACAAGCGCGAGCUAAGAAGAAUUGUGGCCUUCAAUGACUCAAGAUUGGGGCUGACGAGUGAGAGGGCAGAACCGGGCGGGUCCGAGCUGAGUGAAGAAGAUAAUGUACGCCUGUAUCGGAGCGAAAGCUUUCCUUGUGAGACCUUCGAGGUCCUGAGGGAGUUGCUUGGAUCAGGUCUCCUCACAGACCUGACGGUGACCACAGAGGACGGGAGCAGCGUCCGCGUUCACGCUUCCGUCCUUGCCGCCGUCAGCUCUUUGGUUGAGGUGAAGUUGCGGGAAGAGGAUCCAAGACGCGAUCGGGGCGAGGUCGCUCCCCGCCAGUGGUCUCUGGUUCUGGGACCAGAUGUGGAUCCUUGCGGCCUGCGGGCAGUUUUGGAGUUCGCCUACACUGGGGCGCUUCUGGCGGGUGACGCGUUACCCCGAGCUGUCAAAGCAGCUCGGGCCCUCGGAGUUCCGAGACUGUUGGACCUCUGCGACCAAACAGCUGCAGCGAAGGCAAGUCCAAAGAGGGAAGAAGCUUUGGAAGAAAUGCGAUGUACCCUUCGCUCAGUCGAGCAGCUGAGGGAAGAUGGUGUCGGCUGUGAUGUCAUUUUGGAUGUGAGCGGAGCCUUGUUGCAUGCCCACAGGGUGAUCCUGGCAGCGGGCAGCGACUACUUCCGAGGAAUGUUCACCAGCGGGAUGCGGGAAUCCCGUCAAACCCGCGUGGACCUCCCUUUAAAGGUCGCUCCGGAGAUGGCCGCUUUGAUUUGCUGCUGCUACCGUGGGAGCCUUCCCGUUAACUGGGACCGCGUCUUCGAGCUCGCCUGCGCGGCGAUCCGGUUUCAGUUCCGGUCGGCCGUCUCGCUUUGCCUCCUCUUUAUGAAACAGGAAAUGGGAGCCAGUUCCUGCCUGGACGUGGCUUCUUUCGCCGAAGCCUACGGGAUGUCGGAGCUCCUCGAGGAAGCCAAGGACUACGUCCUGAGAAACUUCUUGGAGGUCUCUGCAACUGAAAAGUUUCAGGACCUCCGUACGGAGAUGCUUCUGGAGUUCCUCUGCAGUGACGGUCUCAGCGUGCCGUCCGAGCUGGUCGUGUUCCGAGCGCUGGUCUCCUGGCUAGAGGCGGAUCCUGAGCAGAGACUGAGACAUGCUGGAAAACUGAUGAGAGGAGUUCGUUUCCACCUCAUGACCUUCCGGGAGUUCAGGGAGGUCAGGGCAAUCAACCUGCGCAUGGAGACCCAAGAUGUGCAACUUCAUGGUGCUGCUUUCAAAGAGUUUGGCUCCAGCCUCUCUGCGCAGGAUCAGUGUCGCGUGAGGUACCCCAAAGACUCCCUGGUUCUCGUCGGUGGGGACCGACUCGACCCAGACGUGGGUCAGCGCCUGCCGAGUGGGGAAAUAUGUUUUAUAAACUCCUUGCGCUCCGGCGUAGGCCUGGUGAAGGACAUCGAGUGGAGGAGCCUGUCCCGGAUUCCGGACAGGCCAAAGUUCAGACACGGGGUCGUGACAAUUGGGGGGAGUUUGUUUGUGCUUGGAGGAUGUCACUUCUACGCCAAGGACGACGUGAUGAAAUCCACCUACAGCUAUGACCCAAAGCGAGACUCCUGGAAGAGGUGCAGUGACAUGCAGGAACGCCGAAGUAACUUCUCAGCGGUGGCGCACCGAGGUCAGAUUUGUGCAAUCGGUGGCGACAGGCAACUCGACGCCAAUUUGAACAGUGUGGAGAUGUACGAUAUCGAGGCCGAUACCUGGAGGUUUGUCCGUCCUCUGGACCAACCGCUAAGUGGCCAGGCUGCCGCGGUCCUCGACGGGAGGGUCUUUAUUUCCGGAGGUUUUGACGCCAAGUACGUAUGUCUCGCUUCCCUGUUCCUGUAUGACCCCGAGGAGGAAAGGGUCCAUUUGGCCGAUAUGAUUCAAGACCGGGCCCAGCACUGCAUGGAGUCCCUGCGAGGGCGCCUUUACGUGGCCGGCGGCGUGCGCAACCAGAGGAAGUUUUACACCGACCAGCUCGCCUGCGAGGUUUACGAUCCUGCCGCCGACUGUUGGACGACUCUGGCGGCGCUGCCCGUACCUCACGUGGGCGCGGCGUCCGCCGUCCUGGAGGAGAACCUUUACAUUCUGGGAGGGUACUCUCAAGAGGACAACAGCGAAUCUGGACUCGUGCACCGGUAUAACCGCGCCACGCAACACUGGGAGAGGAUGGGAAAAGUGCCGGUGGCUGUCACUGACAUUCGGGCUUGCGUGCUGCGACUGCCCCAGCACUUGAGACGCUAGCUUGAAGGGCUGAAAUGUCACAUCAUAUUUGUAUUUUCUCUCUCACCAGUGU